AGUGCAUGGAAAGAACAACGAUAAUUUUUGAGAACCAAAUAAUUAAAAAAACAAAAAUGCCAAUUUUUAGUAAGCAGCAGCAAAAAAGUUGAAAGAUAAUGGACGUUGUGUUGUCUUGUCUAGUCUCUUCCAUUCUAUGAAGCAAUAUGCAUGCAACAUGUUCAUGUAUUCCCCUACGUUCGCGCAAUUCCUCUAGUUCCCCGCAUUUUAUUUCUCAACGUUAAAAAAUAGCCCCUACCACAUCAUCACCACCAUUUUUCCCAUUCUCUCUUCCCCCAAUAAUCCUCAUUCCCUUCUUCUUCUUCCUCCUCCUCCUCCUCUUAGCUUGUUCUCUACCAUAUCAAAUUAAUCCCAUUUCUCUCUCAAUAUCGCUCCAUUGCUUCAUCAGUAACUAUACUCCCGGCGCUUAAGGUUGGCCAGCGGAAUCCGUUAACCCCGGAAUCCGCCAUGGAAGAUGUAUAGAAUAAUUUCGACGCCGGCGUCAAAGUUCCGCCAGUUCGGGCGACUCCGAUCAAGAACUAGAAACACCGCCAACUCUGACGAGGAGAACGCAUUCCAGAUCCUAUGGCGCUACCAGAUCCUAGACCCGGACAGCGACAUAGUUGCGUAUUGGAACAGGGUGUUCCUCGUGGCAAGUCUCCUCGCGCUCUUCGUGGACCCUCUUUACUUCUUCCUCCCCACGGUGGGUGGCACCGCUUGCCUCAAGGCGGACCCCAGACUCAGCAUCAUCGUCACCAUUAUGCGAACCUUUGCCGAUCUCUUCUACAUCCUCCACAUGGUCUUGAAGUUCCGCACCGCCUUCGUCGCCCCCAAUUCUAGAGUCUUCGGCCGUGGUGACCUUGUCAUGGACCCUCACGAAAUCGCCAUGCGCUACUUGAAGUCCGAUUUUGUUAUCGACCUUGCCGCCACUAUUCCUUUGCCCCAGAUUGUGAUUUGGUUGGUGAUUCCAGCAAGUAGUUCUUCAACCACGGAUCAUGCCAACAACACUCUUGCACUCUUUGUUCUAAUUCAGUAUAUUCCCAGGCUCUUUCUUAUCUUUCCUUUGAACCAGCGUAUCACGAAAACCACUGGCGUUAUUGCCAAAACCCCCUGGAUUGCAGCCGCAUACAAUCUUCUUCUCUACAUGCUAGCUAGUCAUAUUACAGGAGCAACGUGGUAUCUGUCCUCAAUUGGGAGACAAUUCAACUGCUGGAAAGCAGAGUGCGAAAGAGAGAACAGAUCAAAAACCAUAACUUGCUUGCCUACUUUUCUUGAUUGUAACAGUGUGAGUUCACCUGCAAGGCAACACUGGCUAAAUGUCACUCAAGUUAUUAACAGAUGCGAUCCCAAGGCCAAGCUCAACGUCAAGUAUAAGUUUGGCAUGUUUGCAGAUGCUUUUCUCAAUGAUGUUGUUACUACUAACUUUGUGGAAAGAUACUUCUAUUGUCUUUGGUGGGGAUUAAGAAAUUUAAGCUCGUAUGGACAGAAUUUGGACACAACCACAUACCUCCCAGAGACAUUUUUCUGCAUCUUCUUAUGUCUUGCUGGAUUAAUUCUCUUUUGUCUUUUGAUUGGAAACAUGCAGACAUACUUGCAAUCAAUGUCAGUUAGACUUGAAGAAUGGAGGAUUAGGAAGAAUGACACUGAGCAAUGGAUGAGACAUCGCCAAUUGCCUCCAGACUUGCAGGAACGCGUUCGUCGCUUUGUUCAGUAUAAAUGGCUUGCCACCAGAGGAGUGAAUGAAGAGUCCAUACUACUUGAUCUACCUUUGGAUCUCCGUCGUGAAAUUCAACACCACUUGUGCCUUUCUCUUGUUCGACGUGUCCCUUUCUUCUCACAAAUGGAUGACCAGCUCCUUGAUGCAAUCUGUGAACGGCUGGUGUCAUCAUUAAGCACAGAAGGCACAUAUAUAUUCCGAGAGGGAGAUCCCGUGGACGAAAUGUUGUUCAUAAUAAGAGGACAAUUGGAGAGCUCCACAACCAAUGGAGGAAGGUCUGGUUUCUACAAUUCCAUCACACUUAGGCCCGGCGACUUUUGCGGCGAGGAGCUGUUGACAUGGGCCUUAAUGCCAAAUUCCACCCUCAACCUGCCUUCCUCUACUCGAACUGUAAAAGCUUUAUCAGAAGUCGAGGCUUUUGCAUUGGAAGCAGAGGAUCUAAAGUUCGUGGCCAGUCAAUUCAAGCGGCUUCAUAGCAAGAAACUCCAGCACGCGUUUAGGUACUACUCCCAGCAAUGGAGGACAUGGGCUUCUUGUUUCAUACAGGCGGCAUGGCGAAAGUAUCAGAAGAGGAAAGCGGCGAGGGAGUUGUCUUUGAAGGAGGGACACUUUUACAUGUCUCUCCCUGAGAAGGACAGAGAAAUGGAUCAAAGUGGAGGAUCAUCAUCAUCUCCAGGGAAUGUGAGAAAGGUUCAGAACAUUAGUACAACCAUUUUGGCUUCAAGGUUUGCGACUAAUACAAGGAAAGCUAAGCUUCGUGGCAGUGAUCCUGUGCCACAGUUGUUCAAGCCUGAUGAACCUGACUUCUCUGUAGAUCGUGAGGAAGUUUAGGUUAGAUUUGGAUUUUAUCUGAGUUAGAAGAAAGAUAUCUAUUUCAAUCUCCACAACCAAAAAGGUUUUUGUUUGGUCUCAAAGAUGCCAAGUAUCCAAACACAGCUAGCAAUAGCAUGUGCUGAAAAAAAAAGGAAAAAGAAAAAGAAAAGACAGUUUUAACUUGAUUCUAUAUAGGAAGUUUUAUGACUUGGAUAUAUAGAAGGUAUAUACAAAUAGAUUAGUAUCGGUGAUCAAAAUUCACAGUCCUAGUUCUUCUUUGUCUUGAAUGAUGAAUCUACUUGCAUCUUCUUCAUAACAUAUUGGCGUUAGGUCACUAGACACCAGCCAGAAACAUGAAUGCACUUAGACUAUGUAUCGUAUUGAUUCUUUUGUUGCCAUAUCAUCAUACUUGGACAUGAUUUGGUUUAUUUCUACA